UUCCUGUCCACCAUCUUUGUCCCGGGCAAAGUGGGUUUUGCGCAGUGGCUUAGCCCUGGAGAAGGAAUCGUGACGUGCAGGAAACCAUUACACCACCACUCGGGCCGUGCUCUCUGGCUGCCGCCGCCACCCCCGCCCUUGCCUCCGGUGCACGUUAAAGAUCCAAAACCAUGACUGACUCCAAGUACUUCACAACCAAUAAAAAAGGGGAAAUCUUUGAAUUGAAGGCUGAGCUCAACAAUGAAAAGAAAGAGAAGAGGAAGGAAGCUGUGAAGAAAGUGAUUGCUGCUAUGACUGUGGGAAAGGAUGUAAGCUCUCUCUUUCCAGAUGUAGUGAACUGUAUGCAGACUGACAACCUGGAGUUAAAGAAGCUGGUAUAUCUCUACUUGAUGAAUUAUGCCAAGAGUCAGCCAGACAUGGCCAUCAUGGCUGUUAAUAGCUUUGUGAAGGACUGUGAAGAUCCAAAUCCUCUGAUUCGAGCCUUGGCAGUCAGAACCAUGGGUUGCAUCCGGGUGGACAAGAUUACAGAAUAUCUCUGUGAGCCCCUCCGCAAGUGCUUGAAGGAUGAAGAUCCCUAUGUUCGGAAAACAGCAGCAGUCUGUGUGGCAAAACUCCACGACAUCAAUGCCCAGAUGGUUGAAGAUCAAGGCUUUCUGGAUUCUCUUCGGGAUCUCAUAGCAGAUUCGAAUCCAAUGGUGGUUGCUAAUGCUGUGGCAGCAUUAUCUGAAAUCAGUGAGUCUCAUCCAAACAGCAAUUUACUUGAUCUGAACCCACAGAACAUCAAUAAACUGCUGACAGCCCUGAAUGAGUGCACUGAGUGGGGUCAGAUUUUCAUCCUGGAUUGCCUCUCUAAUUACAACCCCAAAGAUGACCGGGAGGCUCAGAGCAUCUGUGAGCGGGUAACUCCCCGGCUAUCUCAUGCCAACUCAGCUGUGGUGCUUUCAGCAGUAAAAGUCCUAAUGAAAUUUCUAGAGUUGUUGCCCAAGGACUCAGACUACUACAAUAUGCUGCUGAAGAAGUUGGCCCCUCCACUUGUCACUUUGCUGUCUGGGGAGCCAGAGGUGCAGUACGUCGCCCUGAGGAACAUCAACCUAAUUGUCCAGAAAAGGCCCGAAAUUCUAAAGCAGGAAAUUAAAGUCUUCUUUGUGAAGUACAAUGAUCCCAUCUAUGUUAAACUGGAGAAGUUGGACAUCAUGAUUCGUUUGGCGUCUCAGGCCAAUAUUGCUCAGGUUCUGGCAGAACUGAAGGAAUAUGCCACCGAGGUGGAUGUUGACUUUGUCCGAAAAGCUGUGCGGGCUAUUGGACGGUGUGCCAUCAAAGUGGAGCAAUCCGCAGAACGCUGUGUAAGCACAUUGCUUGAUCUCAUCCAGACUAAAGUAAAUUAUGUCGUCCAAGAGGCAAUUGUUGUCAUCAGGGACAUCUUUCGCAAAUACCCCAACAAGUAUGAAAGUAUCAUUGCUACUCUGUGUGAGAACUUGGACUCGCUGGAUGAGCCAGAUGCUCGAGCUGCUAUGAUUUGGAUUGUGGGAGAAUAUGCCGAAAGAAUUGACAAUGCAGAUGAGCUAUUGGAGAGCUUCCUAGAGGGUUUUCAUGAUGAAAGCACCCAGGUGCAGCUCACUCUGCUUACUGCCAUAGUGAAGUUGUUUCUCAAGAAACCAUCAGAAACGCAAGAACUGGUACAGCAGGUCUUAAGUUUGGCAACACAGGAUUCUGAUAAUCCUGACCUUAGAGAUAGGGGCUACAUUUAUUGGCGCCUUCUCUCAACGGACCCUGUCACAGCCAAAGAAGUGGUCUUAUCUGAGAAGCCUCUGAUCUCUGAGGAGACAGAUCUUAUUGAACCAACUCUGCUGGAUGAGCUCAUCUGCCAUAUUGGUUCUUUGGCAUCUGUGUACCAUAAACCUCCCAAUGCUUUUGUGGAAGGAAGUCAUGGAAUCCACCGCAAACACUUGCCAAUACAUCAUGGGAGCACUGAUGCGGGUGACAGCCCUGUUGGCACUACCACUGCCACCAACCUGGAACAGCCUCAGGUUAUUCCCUCUCAAGGUGACCUUCUGGGAGAUCUUUUAAACCUUGAUCUCGGUCCCCCAGUCAAUAUGCCACAGCUGUCCUCUGUGCCGAUGGGAGCCGUGGAUCUCUUGGGAGGAGGCCUUGAUAGUCUGCUUGGCAGUGACCUUGGCGGGGGCAUUGGAGGAAGUCCGGCAGUGGGACAGUCCUUCAUCCCAUCAUCAGUGCCUACAACUUUUGCUCCUUCACCUACUCCUGCUGUAGUUAGCAGUGGUCUGAACGACCUAUUUGAACUCUCUACAGGAAUAGGCAUGGCACCUGGUGGUUAUGUGGCACCUAAAGCUGUCUGGCUGCCUGCAGUAAAGGCUAAAGGCUUGGAAAUUUCGGGAACAUUUACUCACCGCCAAGGGCACAUCUAUAUGGAAAUGAACUUCACCAACAAAGCUCUACAACACAUGACAGACUUUGCAAUCCAGUUUAACAAGAACAGCUUCGGUGUUAUCCCCAGCACUCCUCUGGCUAUCCAUACACCACUGAUGCCAAACCAGAGCAUUGAUGUUUCUCUGCCUCUCAACACCCUGGGUCCAGUCAUGAAGAUGGAACCUCUGAAUAACCUACAGGUGGCUGUGAAAAACAAUAUUGAUGUCUUCUACUUCAGCUGCCUCAUCCCACUCAAUGUGCUUUUUGUAGAAGAUGGCAAAAUGGAGCGCCAGGUCUUCCUUGCAACAUGGAAGGAUAUACCUAAUGAAAAUGAACUUCAGUUUCAGAUUAAGGAAUGUCAUUUAAAUGCUGACACUGUUUCCAGCAAGUUGCAAAACAACAAUGUUUAUACUAUUGCCAAGCGGAAUGUAGAAGGGCAGGACAUGCUGUACCAAUCCCUGAAGCUCACUAAUGGCAUCUGGAUUUUGGCUGAACUUCGUAUCCAGCCAGGAAACCCAAAUUAUACGCUGUCACUGAAGUGUAGAGCUCCUGAAGUCUCUCAGUACAUCUACCAGGUCUACGACAGCAUUUUGAAAAACUAAAUAGACUGGCCCGGUGCCCUCCGGCCACCCUGUGAUCGGUGCAAGCCAGGAACUCUUAACUGGAAGAAAUUUAUUGCCAUGUAGACUCUGAACCCGAACACUCUGAGGCCACCCACCAAGGUAGUGACUAGUCUAACCUGUGCCAACAUUAGGGCACAAUUUGUUGGAUAGUUUUAGCUUCCUGUGAACAUGUGUAACCACUGCUUCAAUCACUUCCCAUCUCUUGCCACCUAACUCUGCUCUGUCCUUACUGUGGGCUUCUCCAUACUGUGCCAGUGGCUGGCAUUUGUGAGUGUAGUUGGAUAUUUUGUGAUUGAGAGCUCAUUUCAAAAGCAGAAAAUGACGACAAAAAAACAAAUUAAAGCAAGGAAAAGUGUCAAUGAAACAUAAACUGCACUUUAUUGUUUUAUAUUUUUGUACAUAUGAGAAAACGAGAGUAGUAAAGUAUGGGAACAGCUGACCAUCACUAGACCGCACAGUCCUGAAGAAGAGACCCAGUCACUUGUCUACCGUGCUAGAGCUUCUCUUGGUGAUGGCAGCGUUGUCCCUGGUCAUUUGGAUUUUCACCUUUUCUUCUUUCCAGACUCCUUUUCCUUGUGAUUCUCCCCACCCUGUAUCUUGUCUGACUGCUGUGCAGUGGGAACUAUGCUUCAAGGUACCGGGAACAUAGCCUGUCAGAACCAAGGCUAAGAGAAAUUCCAGCUUCCAACAUUCCUUUCCCAUGAUCUAACCCAUUAACCGUCAAAUAGGUUAAGGAUUUUGCAUAGAGAUGGGAACAAAUACCCAGAUGCCCAUUUCUUCUCUGCAUUUAAUUCUCAAAUUCCAAUUCAGGUCUGAAAUCUUAGUUUUGAGUUGAAGCCAUUGCUGAUCCUGAAGUCUGCGAGCCAUUUAGUCGCAACGCUGGGGGCUGCCUCGCCCGAAUCCCGCACGACUCUCUUUAACUUUCUUUUCUUUUCCUGUGUCUUUCUCAUGGCUUCUCUGUGCUGGCUUCUCUGUGGGGCUCUUCUCUAUCAAUUUUUGACACUCCAUCCAUUGGCCUGAGUAGCAGCAUAGUAUCUUUUCAAUUACUUGAAGAUGAAUCCAGUGCCAGAAUGAAAUUCACCAUUGUUUCCUCGUUUGCUGUUGGAGCUGGGAUGAAGUGUGCUUCAAGAUGCCAACGAGUCGCUUUAUCUCUUCAGCUCCCUGAUCUGCUCUUUACUCCUGUUCCUUAGAUUUUAGGCAGUUGAGAUCAUCUCAGAGGGUCAAACAAAUUCUUGUCAUUGCUCAUGAGACCUGCAGAUGUGAGGUCUCUGCCCUUAGUGCAGUGGGUGUGAUUUAUUAAAGGAUAUUUCACGCCCCAGACAUGAUCCGACUCAGCGGUGCUUUGCAGAGUUCCUUCUGUGAGCACAGCACCUAGUGUUCAGCCUCCAAGCAGAGGCACGUCAGGGCUUCGGGUCUCAAACUGGAUUCAGGUCUAAGUGAGUCCAAGAGCAGAAUUAGAAAACCAGCUGCUUGGCUGUCUGAAAUGACCCUGAUUUAUACCAGUUGAAAACCUGAGGGAACAGUCCCCCAACCAGACUCUUAAACCUCCAAGAGGAAAUUUAUUGGUGGUCCCUCAUUGACCACUCCACAGGAAAUAGCACAGGACUGUGUGGGGGAGGUGGGUUGGUGGUAUGUGGGGAGGAAAAGCAGGUUGACAAAACUCCCCCUAUUGGGAAACCAUGCAUGGAGUCCUUUGGCUACAAGGAGUGAAGAAGGUUUCACACUACAAACAAACACUUCUCAUUUCAACAGAGUAGAGUUCCAGAAUAAAGAGUGUGUGGCAGUGUAAGCAGACUAUACACUUUCAUACCUGAAUACGUCCCUCGACCCCUGAAACUAGUCUCUCAGCCUCCCUUGCAGUGAGGGGUAACAGCUGCCACUCUCCCCUGAGCUCUGUCCGAGCCACUCAGGAGCUGCUGCACCUUAGGGGUCUGUCUCCAGUUGUGGCCCCCAGCUGUCAGGGAGGGAUCCACUCUCCAGAAAGGGGCUCUCCCGAAGAGACUGAACCUGUCCCCACUGCAGCUUCCUGUCUGGCUAUAUUUCAAGCGUGGCUGGAUCAGGGGACAGUGGAGAUUGCCCUGCAUUCCCCCGCCCCCGCCCCGCCUCAGUCUGUCUUUUUGAUGUCAGCUGGUGUCAUACAAAGGGCACGGGAAGCACACACACACCCAGAACUCUUGCUGGUCAGAGAUUCCCUGAGUGUCUGUCCUCGCCCGAGCCUGCUCCGUGUGUCUGUGUUGUAAAGCAGGGUUCUCUGGAGAGAAUUGGGGAGGGGGGAUGUCACCCUAAGAAUGCUUAUCAUUCUUUUGUUGUUGGGA